AACCGCACUGAAGUGAACUCUGAUGACAAUUGCUUUUCUCGGAGUGGCCAUAGAUACGCCACAGCCUCACCAGAAACCUGGAGUUAGCAUAGUAGACACCGCUCGACCAGUGUCAGACCGCCGUUAUGUCGUAAAGCCCAAGGUCGGCACACCAGCUCACCGCUCGCUAUAUCGCGCGCCUCGUUCGCUCCAUAGUCGCGCGUGCAUCCCGCCACCAUGGCGGCGCUCCCCUCCUCGUCGUACCUCGUCGCCGGCCUGCUCGGCCGCCCGGGCGCCGCCAAGACCAUGGCGCGCACGGACGCCGCGCCCGCCGAUGGCCCCGCUGCGGGCGGUAGCGUGGGGCCCGGCGGCGGCGGGGAGUGGUACUUCAGCCGCGAGCACAUCGAGAAGCACUCGCCGUCGCGCGCCGACGGCAUCGACCUGCGGCGCGAGACGUACUUGCGGCGCUCCUACUGCACGUUCCUGCAGGACCUUGGCAUGCGCCUCCGCGUUCCGCAGAUCACGAUAGCCACAGCCAUCGUCUUCUGCCAUCGCUUCUUCAUGCGCCAGUCGCACGCCAAGAACGACCGCUACGCGAUAGCGACGGUGUGCAUGUUCCUGGCGGGUAAGGUGGAGGAGACCCCACGCGCGCUGCGGGAGGUGGUGCAGAAGAGCUUCGACGCGCAGGCCAGGAAGGACCCCACCGCCGCCGCCAAGCUGCCGCACAAGGAGGAGCAGCAGAAGGAGGUGAUUGUGGUGGGCGAGGGGCUGGUGCUGGCCACUCUGGGGUUCGACCUGAACGUGGCGCACGCGUACAAGCCGCUGGUGGCCGCCAUCAAGCGCUUCAAGGUGGCGCAGCAGGCGCUGGCGCAGGUGGCCUGGAACUUCGAAGUGAAGAAGCUGAAGGCACAGCUGGGAAAAGCAGAAAUCCGAGAAGAUCCUGCUAAGGCCAUGAUGGCGUGGGAAGGUGAUGAGGAGGAAGCAGAGUACGAGGAGGAUCCCGAGUCAGAGUAUGCAUUCGUGGCGAUGCUGCCGCGAGUCAGAGAUGACUUAGGACUGAGGAGCGGAGGUGCUGACGGCAGGAAGGAACAGAAGACGGUGAUGCAAGGUAGGAGGAAAGGAGAAACAGCAGAGGAGAAGGGAGAACGUGCUAAGCGCCAUUCGGAAGACAGAUUGGUGUGUCCCACGGCCGCGCUGCUGGCAGAAUCCGGGACCAUUGCCGUGCAAGGGAUGAAGGUAGAGAAUGCCAUCAUUGAUACCGGAGCCCAGAGUGUACUAAUGGGGAGGAAGUUAGCCGAGCGGCUGAGACAACAAGGGAAGCUGGAAACAGUGAGCAAGGGGAUGCUUAUCAUGACGGCGGAAGGAGGGCUACCCAAGUGGAUGCCGAGUACGAAGGAGCCGGUUGAGAUAGCGCUGCUGCCAGGGCAGAAAGAGGAGACAAAGAUCCGGGUACAGUGCGGGCUGUCUGAAUCAGACGACUACGAUUUGCUGGUUGGAAUGGAGCUAAUCUACAAGAUAGGGGCACAGAUCUAAGUUGGUACCUUACGUGACUUUA